UUCGCGCCGGCCGGCGAAGAAAUGCGGUUCUUCCGGCGAAUCUAUACCGACAUUCUGGGUCCCAAACAGUCGCAGCAGGUCAGGAAAUAUCAGGACUACGAGGCUACAGUCUCACUGCUUGCAUUUUGCGAAGCCCCAGAUGACUACGAGUCCCAUACAAGCAAUUUCGCAAUAAGCGUCAUCUUCAGCGCCGUGUAUGGAACUAGAGUCAGCCGACGAACUCAUCCUCUCAUGGUCGAGUUACAGGACAUUUGGAGCGGUGUUUUGAGCAAUGCCCAACCCGGUAGCCUCCUCAUCGACUGGCUGCCCUUUCUCGAGAAACUACCACUGCGUUUCCAGCCCUGGCUCAAGCUCGCAGACUCUCUCCACGCGCGGGACUGCGCUGUCCACAUGGCCUUUCUCAAACUAUUACGAAAGCAAAUCGACGCUGGAAUUGCGCCAGUGUGCUUUGGCGUCAAUGCUAUCGCGCACCAAAAGAAAGAGGGCUUCGAUGACGACCUGCUACUUGGCAUUUGCACUGCCAUCAUCGUUGCCGGCGGCGAAUCAACUGCCUCUAUGAUGCAGUCCUUUAUUAAACUCAUGGCGCUGCAUCCAGAGGUUCAGCAAAGAGCCCAAGAAGAAAUCGACCGAGUCGUUGGACCUUCCCGUCUUCCAACCUGGAAAGACCAUCCAAACCUCCCCUACACCAGGGCCAUCAUAAAAGAACUCGGCAGAUUCGCUCCCCUACUCACCUUUUCAUUUCCACACUACUCAACAGAAGAGUUUGUAUACCAGGGAUACACCAUUCCGAACAACACCCUGCUGCUGCCUUGCGCCGAUAACCUCAACCGUGACCGCACACGAUAUGACGAUGCUGAUACUUUCAGACCGGAACGCUUCCUCGGCGAUGACAUGGAGUCCCAUAUGAGCGCCAGACAGACCGACUAUCGCAAGCGUGACCAUGUCAACUAUGGCUUUGGCCGUCGUAUGUGUCCAGGCAUGUCCCACUCCUUCUUCGCGGAAAACUCGCUCUUUAUCCAAAUCACUCGCUUUCUAUGGGCAUUUGAC